AUGGCCAAGUCGAGAAUAGGGUCUGGGGAGCUCGAGGAGUCAGCUAACCCAUUGCCCGAGUCGACAAGUCGGAGUGGAGAGCCGAGCCCCCCCCCCGAACUUUCAUAUUACCAGAAGGAGUUGAGUUCCAGCCCAGAGCUGGUGGGAUCUAGCAAUGGGGGAGAGCUAGAGCAACUGGCACCACGUGGAUCACUCGCGGAGCUGAUCAGCUGGGAGACAAUGGGAGAGCCCCAGCCAGGGACGUCCCAGGCAUUGUGGAAGCACCGUUUCCCGCUGACUCCAGAGGUGGAAUCUACCACGGUAGCAACGGGGAGGCAGCCUGGCGUGCAACAGAGGGAGGAAUCUCAAACCCCUGAGAGUCUGAGAGUACUUGAGGCAAAAAUGGAAUCGGUGGAGUAUCUGCUAAAAAAUCUGUCCUUGGUGAUGGGCGGCCAGGAAAAAGAAGAUGACAAGGCAGAUAUAUCAGGUUCACAGCAGCAAAGAAGCCCUCAAGGUUUAAGCGAUACAGGAUAUUCAUCUGAUGGAGUCUCAAGUUCACUUGGUGAAAUUCCAAGUCUUAUUCAGACUGACGAAAAGGAUGUGCUGAAAGAGCCUUGUAAAAAAGAAUUUCUUUCACAGGAGGGAAGCCCAACUAGCCCCUCUGAUCUUGCUAAGCUAGAGAGCAUGGUCUUGUCAAUUCUGGAAGCUCAGGUAACAAGUCUUGUUGAAGAGAAGUCUGGAAGGACCAAAGACCUUUAUACUGAACAGACAAAAGAUUCUCAUGAAACAGCACUCUUGCCUAUCACCUCAGAAUCAUUCCAUUCUGAGGAGGAAGAUUUGACAAAACCAAAUAUUCAAGAUGAAGGAGAUCUUGAACAAGGCAGUAAACAAACUUUGCCAUCUCAGAAAGGACCCAAGCAGACAACAGGAGGAACAGAAAAUGUAUCAACCAGAAGACAAAGAUAUGACUCUGUAGAAGACAGCAGUGAGAGUGAGAAUUCACCUGUCCCACAAAGAAAAAGGCAGACUAGUAUUGGUUCUUCAAGCAGUGAUGAAUAUAAACCAGAAGAUAGUCCAGGUUCAGGUGAUGAAGAAGAUUUCAUUCGAAAACAGAUCAUGGAGAUGAGUGCUGAUGAAGAUGCUUCAGGUUCUGAAGAUGAAGAAUUCAUCAGAAAACAGUUAAAAGAAAUUAGUACAAAUGAAACUCAGAAGAAGGAAGAAGUUAAGAUAAAAAAAGGAAUAAGUGGAAAACAUAAGAGGCUAUCACGUAAAAGUAGCACAGGCUAUGAAGAGGAUUCUGGAAGGCGCCAUUCCUGGCACGAUGAUGAUGAUGAUGAUGAUGAUGAGACUUUUGAUGAAAGUCGAGAACCAAAAUAUAGAGAAACAAAAAGUCAAGAAAGUGAAGAACUUACUGCAAGUGGAGGAGGGGGUCUUCGUCGCUUCAAAACAAUAGACCUUAACAGUACAAUAACAAAUAAAUUUUCUGAGGAAUCAGAAACACCAAAGAGAAAUUUAUACUUUGAUGAAGAGCCAGAAUUAGAAAUGGAGAGUCUUACAGAUUCACCAGAGGACAGAUCACGGGGAGAAGGAUCUUCUAGUUUGCAUGCCUCCAGUUUCACGCCAGGUACAUCUCCUACCUCUGUUUCAUCCUUUGAUGAAGAUAGCGAUAGCAGCCCCAGUCACAAAAAAAUGGGGGGAGAAAAUAAGCAGCAGCGUAAAGCCAGACAUCGGACACAUGGACCUCUUCUUCCAACGAUUGAAGAUUCUUCUGAGGAAGAGGAACUUAGGGAGGAGGAAGAGCUGCUGAAAGAGCAAGAGAAACAGCGUGAACUAGAACAGCAACAAAGAAAGAGCUCUAGCAAAAAAUCUAAGAAAGAUAAAGAUGAGCUCAGAGCCCAGAGAAGAAGAGAACGGCCCAAAACACCACCAAGUAAUCUUUCUCCUAUUGAGGAUGCAUCUCCAACAGAAGAAUUGCGUCAGGCGGCAGAAAUGGAAGAACUACAUCGAUCUUCCUGUUCUGAAUAUUCACCAAGUAUUGAGUCUGACCCUGAAGCUUUUGAAAUCAGUCCAGAAAAAAUAAUAGAAGUGCAGAAGGUUUAUAAAUUACCAACAGCUGUCUCAUUGUAUUCUCCUACAGAAGAGCAACCCAUGGGAAUGAUCAAACAAGGGAAUAAUCAAAAGAUUUUAAAAAGUGCAGAAGAGGUAUAUGAAGAAAUACUGCAUGCAUCCCAGAAGGCCAAACUACUUCCAGAUGAAAAUGAAAGAGAGGAAGUGUUUGAAAAAGAACCUUUAUAUGGUGGCAUGCUAAUAGAAGACUAUAUUUAUGAAUCUUUAGUAGAAGAUGCAUACAAUGGCGCUAUGGAGUCUAACCUCAUAACAAAGCAAGAUGAGUGUGAUGAACUUAGCCAAGAGAAAGACAAAGAGAAAAAAACACCUCCAGAGCAAAUGUAUGAAGAACCUAUGCAAAAACCUGCUGAUCUGCAAAACACCUAUUAUAGGAUAGAGCUUUUGCAUUCAAUUAUGCCUCAAGAAGAUAUUGUCUCUAGCUCUUAUAUCAUUCCAGAAAGUCAUGAAAUAAUUGUACUGGACAGUGUGGCACCAUCUUCAAGUGAUGAAAAACAGCUGCUUGAUGCUGAUGCUGUUUAUGAAGAACUUAUGAAGCGGCAUAGAAUACAGUUGACCCCAGGCUCCAGUCCUACUCAGUCAACUCCUGAAUUAGUUUCCAUCUCAAAAAGAAGUAUAUCUGGAGAAGCAAUAGAUAGUAACUCACUAAUUUCAAGCACUUCUUCAGCAAUUUCAGAUAUAACUUCAGUGAGCUCUGUAAUGCUUCCCAUUCCAGAUGUUAAAAUUACCCAACACUUUACAGUUGAAGAAACAGAGGAUAACUAUUUUACUGAUUAUGCCCGUGAGGUGGAAGAAAUUAUUUCCCAAGAAACAUCCAUGUUGGCAUACUCAGAGGCUUCAGGAAGUGCCACUCCUGUUUUGCCAUCUGAUACAUGUUCUCUUACAUCAUCUACAUCUUCUGUUUACACAACUGGCAGUACUUCACCAGUAGCUGGAUCAGAUGGCAUAGCUCCUAUUUAUAAAGAUUCAAUAGAUGCUCUUAGUGGGCUAUCAGAUUCAGAAAGGAUCAUUUCAAUGACACAGGCUACUAUAAUUUCCCAAAGUGAGAACUAUGAACCUCUUAUGUUAUCCCCCAAGAAGGGACUCAUAGCCAAAGAUCUAACUGAUGCCAAUCAGGUAUUGGUUGCCCUUCCUGAAACUGGCUCCUUUGUAUCAACUUCUGUAGAAACAAAGCCCAGAAAUUUUGUCUCUGCCUCUUCUGUCUUGGCAGAAGAUGGCAAAGCUGGAACAGACAUAGCAAAGUUUAAUAAUCUGAAGGGAUUUUAUGAAGAUGAAUAUUCAAGAGUUUCCAUUAAUAUGACAGGAAUAGAUGCUGUAUCUGACCAAGAAUUUACCUCCAUAGUUCCAGUCACUGCAUUAUGUUCUGUUUCUCCUAUUAUCCCUGUACUGCCAUCUGAAUCUUCUCCAGUUUCCACUGCUACAUCCCAAAUAUUCUCAUUUUUGGAAAGAUCUCUUGUUCAUCCCUCUCCAUUGUAUCCUCCUCCUCCUCCUCCUCCACCACCACCACUCCCUCCACCUCCACCACUUCCCCCACCCAUUCUACCAAAGCCAGCUAUUUAUCCUAAAAAGAAGCCACUGGUUAAAACUGCAGUGACCACAGCUCCCACCAUUAUGUCAUCCAUUAGUACUGCCAAAACAGCAGAGACCUCUGCUAUAAAAACUAGUGUGUCUCCUGUCACAAAAUUGUACACAUCAAUACCACCUCCCAUUCCACCUAAACCAGCUUUAAUUCCAGCAGGACUUGCAUUCGUACACAGACCUUCUGAAGUAAUAAAGCCUCCUAUUGCUCCUAAACCAGCCAUUCCUCCAUUACCGGUAGCUGUUCAUAAACCAAUAGAAACACAGUCAAAACCAGCAGGUUUGUCUUUUACCAGCUGUAUGACUUUGAACUUGGUUUCCCCUGCUGAAUACAAAUUGACAUCUCCCACAUCCCCAUCAUCUCCACAUUCUAAUAAAUCUUCCCCAAGAUUGUCCAAACCCUCUCAGGAAACCUAUGUUGUUAUCACAUUGCCAUCUGAGCCCGGAACUCCAACAGAAUCUAUUACCAGUCAAGCAAUUACUAGUUGGCCUUCAGGUUCAUCCCUUAUGGAACAAGCUCCAGAGUCUAUACAAACAUUCUUCAUGCCAUCUAUAAGUUCAUUGCAAAUGAAAAGGAUAACAGAUGAAAGCAAGGAUACACCAGAUGUUUUGAAUGCUAUUUCUUCUAUUCCUAUCACUGCUUCUGCAGAGACAGUUUUUGGCAUGGUACCUAAUUCCACAACAGAACUAAUAACAACAGAGAUUGCAAGGACUACAGUGUCUUUGGUAAAAAAUCUUGGGUUAGAUAGUGUUUCCAUAACUAUACCCCCAGACCCAGCACAUGUAGUAGAGCAAACCAAGUAUAGAGAAAAUGGAAGAUCAAAUGUCUUUGGUGAUGUUAUGGAUCUCCGUACCUUGACUAAAACUGAUAUUGAGAGAAGAGAUAGCUGUAUGGACCUAUCUGCUGCUCCCACAGAUGUGAAAAGACAAACAAUUGCAAGUGACACUACUGGGCUGUCAGUAAGCACAGUUCAACCAGGGAUCAUAAAUCUUAGUACUGUGUCUAUGGUCUCUUUAGCUCCAGUUGCUGAUGCCAUUUCAGUAGUGACCCAUGCCUCUACUCUAAGUUAUAGUACAAGUGUAGAAAGUCUAAUAGACCUUGGACAUGGAAUGACAACUCCACUUCAAUUAACAACAUCAAAACAUUUUGAACCUACACCUGGAAUAAUAGGAAGUCAGACCCCCUCUGCAGACAGAGAAGAAGCACCAAUAAAUCUCUCCCUUGGUUCUCCAGCAUAUGCAUUCACAUGGGCUACUACAAAGCCUGUUACUGUACCUCCAGUUGGGGUAACAAAUGGUUGUAUCAAUGCUUCUGCUGCUCACAAAGCUAUGGACAGUGGAGUAGUUGACCUGAGCACUACAAAAUCGCACAGAACGAUGGUGACAGUUGAUGAAACAACUUCAGGAUUUUUUACAACUGUAAUAGACGAUGAUGAAAAACCUGUAGAUUUGACUGCAGGGAGAAGGGCUGUUUGUUGUGAUGUGAUUUACAAAUUACCAUUUGGGAGGAGCUGCACCACUCAAGCACCAGCAACUACACUACCAGAAGAUCGUUUUGGUUACAGGGAUGAUCAUUAUCAGUAUGAUCGUUCUGGGUCCUAUGGUCACAGAGGAAUUGGCACUAUGAAACCUUCUAUGUCAGACACCAAUUUAUCAGAAGCUGGACUUUUUCAGUAUAAAAGCAAGAAUAACUUUGAGUACCAAGUUGGGGCAGCUGAUAUAGCAGUAGACUUAACUUCUGGCAGAGUUACAACAGGUCAGUAUGACAAGACAUCAGACUUUUCUUGGAAAUUUAGUAACAACAUUGCUCAUCUCAUUUCAGGAUGAUUUUUCUUUUUUGCCUUUCCCCUUUUU